CAUGAUUUUUACGUUCGUCAUGGCUGGAUGGGAAGGUGUAGCACAUGAUGCAAGAAUAUUAUCAGAGGCAUUAUCAGAUCCAGAUGCACCAUUCCCCUUUCCACCACAAGACAAGUAUUAUCUUUGUGAUGCCGCGUAUGCACACAUACGGGGAUUUAUGGCUCCAUAUCGUAAUGUGAGGUAUUGGCUAGGAGAUUUUCGCCGAAGACGUGCGUUGAGUAAUAAAGAGAAAUUUAACCAUGCUCAUGCAAGACUUCGGAACGUAAUUGAGCGUGCUUUUGGUGUCUUGAAAGCAAGAUUCCCUAUUUUGAAAAGGAUGGCACCAUUUCCAUUGGUUACACAAAGGAACAUUACCAUUGCAUGUUUCGCGCUACAUAAUUUUAUAAGGAAAGAGGGUUUAAGCGAUGAAUUGUUUACAGAAUACGAUCAACCCAAUGUUUCGGUGCAUAAUUGGCUAGUGCACGUUGAUGCUGAUGAAGACGAGGUUGAAGCACAUGGUACUGCAUUGGAUCGGGAAUAUAUGACUCAGUUACGAGAUGAAAUUGCUGAGCAGUUAAUGCAAAGCAUGGAUACAAUGCUUUAAAAAAAUGUUAUUGUCUUUUUUAUGAAUAUUAUUUCAGU